UGUUUGGGAUGUGGGAUCCCUCUAUUUUCUCAUUAGAUUCUGGCCCAGCAGAUCUGAAACAAAACUGCUCUUCUCUCUUUCUGGAUAUUCUUCUGUCUGGGGAUAAUUAGGCUAAGUUUUCAUCUGCAAUCUUCAAUGGCAGUAGAGAAGUGCCCACUUCCUUGUUUGGCUUGUAUUCACUGUUUGUCUUUCUGUUCUGGUUCUCGGACAGCUUAGAUAGGAGGAUCACCAAUUCACCAUAUGAGGAAUGGGAACUGAAAUACAGUCAAAGAUGUAUCUACCAGGAUAUUAUACCAUACCGACUCUAACUAGCAAUGUUGGCCAUGGUGGAUGGUCCCUACUCCACCAGAACAAAACCUUGAAGAAUGGGCAACACCAUGACAUACUCUCGACGAGGCUAGUUGUUGAUGGAUUUCAUGAAUGCAGUAAGGAACAAGUGAAGCAAAUGAUAUUAAAGCAUGAAUCUAUGUUCAAACAUCAGCUCAAUGAACUUCAUCGUCUUUAUAAAAGGCAAAAGGACUUGAUGGAUGAGAUAAAAAGCAAAGAGGUGCUCAAACAUCAAAAAGCAGCAGCGGCAUCACAACUACCUCUUUUUUCAUCUGGUUUUCCCUUGGUUGGUUCCGAUUAUCAUAAACCAUCUAUGUCGACUACUGGUAUUAGCAGCCAAUCAUAUUGUAUUUCUAUUGCAAACACCCAGCCAACCAGUUGUGGCCCCAACCAAAGUGGAGUCAAAAAGCUCCAUAGGAGAUUGUUCAACCUGGAACUUCCUGCUGAUGAAUAUAUCAGCGAUGGAGAACCAGAAGGAGUAUUAUUGGGACCAGCAACCGAAACUUAUCCUCAUAUCAGGAGAAAUGAAGCUAAAGUGUUAUUUAAUCGCUAUGCUGAAGCAUCUAGCAAUAACAGUGGUCCUUUGAGCUCUGGUUUGUAUUUAGAGAGAAGCUAUAUGACCACUCUAAAUGAAUCCAUUCAGGUUGACAAAAUGUCUGCCUCAACGAACGUGUACAAAGGUGUCUGGCCUUUUCCAAAGAAGUUUCCAGAGAAUCCACAGUUGGGAAAGGAUGGAGGAGUUAGUACUCUGCAUUUGAAGAAUGAAAGCAACCAAAGGGAAUGGUUAACAAAUGCUCCCAAGGAGGAUCAAACAAAAACUUAUUUUGGUGGAAGCUUUGGCCUUCCAGAUUCUAAGAAGCCUUGUGAACCAUCAUAUACUGAAGCUAGGAAAGCAUGUGAGCCUGCCAAGAGGACAAUUUUCGGUAUAGAAAUAUCAGACAGAGAUUUAAAGUCAUCUGCUGAGGCUUCUAAGUCUUAUGCGGCAACCAUUUCCGAGUCGCUUCCUACUUGGGCAGGACCUCCUAGCAGCUUGAGCAACAACUGGACAUCAGUUCAAGCGAACAGUUUUACCUCCACACGCUCUAAUAGGGCUUCAAUUAUGUUGCAGCAGAAACCUGAAGUUACCAUUGAGAGAUUGCUUUUAGAUUGCAAUUCCAUAUCAUCAACUCCAGGUCUGAAAGGUGAACUGUCACACCAGAAUGGUGUCUGCUUUCGUACCAAGAUUGAGAGCAAUGAAUUACAAAGUUAUAAGCCUCUAAUCAGCGUAGGCUUCCCCUAUGCAGAUGGUUUUACACCAAAUGCUGCUCAGUGGCACUAUUCGAGUGGAGGUUGCAGGCCGGAUGCAAAGCCUUCAACUUAUGUGCAUGAUAAUAAAUUUGUCCAGAGACUGGGGAACCAAGAAGCCCCACAAGGAAGAUUGCAUUGGCUUGAAUCUGCUUCACUUUGUAAAGGUCCUGUUGCUUCAGCAGUUGACAAUGACAUUUCUGUUAAAGUUGGGUUUGUUAAAGGCGAUGCAAUUCAUGAUCAUGCACCACUUAUGUGUAGAGAGCAACUCGAAGCACAGAAUGACAAAGCUCACGCAGGGCAUCAAAUAGACUUGAACAGAUGUUUAACUGAAGAAGAAACUCCAAUAGAUGUGCAGGCAGCAGUAAUAGUUGCAGGAGAUGUCAAUGUUGGAGAAGUUUCUGAGGAAAAAAAAUGUAAAGAAGAGGCUCAUGAUGGCCUAAUUAGCGUUGCGGCUAAGGCUCUGGUUGCCAUCUCAUCACAAGCUCAUACGAUGCAAGAAAAUGCUGCACAUUGUCUUGACCAAAUAAGCUCUUGCCGUGAAGGAGAUGUGACUGUCGUUGACAACUCCCUUCUGUGGUUUGCAGAAAUAGCUUCUUCAAACGAACAAAAUCUUGGACAGACGGAUGAAGAUUCCUCUCUGAACUCAAUGGAUUACUUUGAGUACAUGACAUUAAAUAUGGCAGAAACCAAGAUAGAUCAUUGCUGCAAUGUGGCCCCGGAAAACCCAAAAGAAGAAAUGUCAUUGUCAAAGCGGCCACAAAGGGGCCAGACGAGGAGAGGGAGGCAAAGGAAGGAUUUCCAGAGGGACGUUCUCCCUGGUAUUGCUUGUUUGUCAAGAAAUGAGGUGACUGACGAUCUUCAAACAUUUGAAGGGUCAAUUAGAUCAAGUGGUGGUAGCUGGCAGUCUGGUUUUUCACAGAAAAAUGCUGGUAAGCCUAGCGGGGGAAGAGGGAGGAAGCGUUUGGGAACUUGCACACUAUCCCCUACUAGUACUGUACAGGGAGGAGUUAGUCAGCCUCAGAUGGAGCAGCAGCCUCAAUGUGUGUUGCUGCAGGAGCCUGAGGAAAGAAAUACGGCAGUGACAGGCUGGGGUAAGAGGACAAGGCGUCCACCGCGGCAGAGAUAUCCGAUUUAUAGUCCUGUUUCUCAAAAAUAAAGGAGAUCAUUCAUUCAAUUAGUGUACUUGUAUGAUGAAUCAUAUAAUAAGUUCAUAGAAAAGUGAUGCUGAACUGAAAAGUGUAACAUUGCUGCAAGACUCAAGAGUGUGAUAGAGCU